AUGUCAGCAGCUGCCGCGGCACCGAGUCAUGGACGGGGUUCCUCGGACUGUGUUCAUUGCCAGCGCCUGACCAGCGAGGCGUCUGGCGGGCAGAGCAUUGACACUUCCGCAUUAUACAACAGAAUAAAGCACGCCACAUGGAGUAUAACCAAGGACGACGACUGGCAGCUGCUCGUGGCAGUGCUUGGGCAGUCCGAGUUCAUGCAAAUCGAUAAAGCCAAGGCGCCAGACAAGCGCACUGCCAAGCAUGGGCUGAUCGGCGAAAGCGUUUGCUCUAUCCUGCCUUCACGAGUGACCAUGGUGUCGUGUGCUGCACUGGACAUGUCGCUUAAGGACUGGUCCGCAUCCAGAGACCAGCGCAACAGCAUUGCACACGCAUGCACGCAUUCAGAACGUACAUUCGUGCUGGUCCAGUUUGUCGUUUGGCUUAGCUCAAAUUCCGAAAACAGAAGGGUGCUGCUCCACCACGGUAUCCUGCUGUGCAUUUUCGAGGCGCUGGCAGCCAUGCGCGAGGGCAGAGUCGACCUGCUCAGCGAAAAUACACACGAAGAUAAUCAGGACGUCUUGCUUGUCGACGAUAUUCGCACGCUUGAUUGGGGAAGCGUGCUUCGCAGAGGCUGCCGCGGCGGGGGCCGAGUCGCACAGGCAGGCACACGUCGAACAGCGAGCAGGAGGAUACAUGUGUGCUAUUUCAGCAUAUAA